AUGCUGUCCUGUUUCUUGUUCCUUUCGAAGAACAUCAAUGCCUCGCUGGUGUCCCUACAUAGAGCGCGCCGCGGCUUCGCGCUCCCGUCGCGCUGGGCCCCGAGGCGCUCCUGGGGUCCCUGGCCGGCUGCCCCCUGCCGCCCGCUGGCCGCCUCUGCCUUCUCCUGGGAUCCUCCCGGGCUCACCACCCCCUCCAGGGUGCGCCAAAACUACCACCCCGAGUCGGAGGCCGCCAUCAACCGCCAGAUCAACCUCGAGCUCUACGCGUCUUACGUGUACUUGUCCAUGGCCUAUUAUUUCUCCCGGGAUGAUGUGGCCUUGAACAACUUCGCCAGGUAUUUCCUUCACCUGUCCCGAGAGGAAACAGAACAUGCGGAGAAACUGAUGCGCCUGCAGAACCAGCGGGGAGGCCGGAUCUGCCUGCAGGAUAUCAAGAAACCCGACCUGGAUGACUGGGAAAGUGGGCUGAAAGCCAUGGAGUGUGCGCUGCUCUUGGAAAAAAAUGUGAAUCAGUCGUUGCUGGAAUUGCACGCUCUGGCCUCAGACAAAGGUGACCCCCACCUGUGUGACUUUCUGGAAACUAAUUAUCUGAAUGAGCAAGUGAAGUCAAUCAAAGAACUAGGAGACCAUGUACACAACUUGGUUAAGAUGGGGGCCCCAGAUUCUGGCCUGGCGGAGUACCUUUUUGACAAACACACUCUUGGAAGUGAAAACAAGCAGAACUAA